CUCCCAUUAAAGAUGCUCUUAUUUUGGGGGAUCCAGAACCAUUUUCCUCUCCGUAUACAACUUGAUUACAGUAAUGGCCCCGCCAUUUUUGUUCUCGUCCAUUAACUCCACCCCUCAACGCCACAACUCCUCACUUCAUGCUCAUGUGCGCUACUCCUCGUCUCCUCACAACUCACAACCAUGGUGAUGCUGUUCCGCAGAGUCUGGGAAUCAGUUUCUACUCGUUCGGCGUCCGGUUCCAGACGUUACCCCAGCGAUGGAUUUCAACAGCAGAUGUUUAUACGAUCGUUGUCGGCGGGGGAGUUCGACAGGAUACCGACCGAUGUAUUCCUCGUAAUCGUGAAGCUCCUUGGCCCCAAGGAGGCGGCGAAGCUCGCCGCCGUCUGUAAGUUGUGGCGAUUUGUCCUUUCGGAUAACAGGCUUUGGAUUUACUUCCUUCAGAUUCAACACGAGCCUUGGGAUUCUAUAUUCUUCGCCGAAACUCACUUGCGAUCGGGCUAUUCUCUUUGGUCAUUUGCUAAUCCAGUUGCUGAACUUUCAUUCAUGCAUAUUUAUGGUCAGCGUGCCAAGGUCCCUGGAACCAUGAUUAUUGAUGGUGGUUCGGGCUAUUGCAAGUAUGGAUGGAGUAAAUAUACUCGUCCAUCAGGGAGAUCAGCCACAUUUUUAGAAUUUGGUAACAUUGAAACUCCAAUGUAUUCUAGGCUGAGGCAUUUCUUCUCGACCAUAUAUAGCAGCUGUACUGUGUUAAUAUAAAGACCCGAGACAUGAUUGUUGUGACUCAGCUCCACAUAAAAACUUCUUGUUCGAAACACUUUGAUAGUAUUUAUGCAAAAAAAGAACUGGAAUCUAUAGACCAUCAAUUGCUUCAUAAUGGUUGGGUUGAUAAUCUGUAAUUUUUUGUCUUAUGUCUCCUUGGGCAUCUCUUUGGUGAGAUCAGUUUAUUAUUACUAUGUCUUCUCUUGGAUGAAUGAAUUUCAAACAUAGGAAGGCUCUAUGUGCUAGAAAGAAAUGUAAAAAAGAUAUAUCUACCAUUUCUUUGAUCAUCUUCUUGACCAUUUUAAGAACUAGAAACAACUUGUUUUUUGAAAAUAUCGAUACUUGUAAACAAUGUCAAUCGUUCUAUUAUGCGAACCUUCAUAUUUUGGACUUUGUUAAUCCAAUCAACUCAAAAAUAGAGGAAGCACCUUCUUUGAGCGUAAAUAUCUCCUACUGUAGUUGUGUCCUAACACCUUCUUUGGUCACUCAUUCUACAUGGAAUCUUUUCAGGAUGCAGGUCAAAACAUCAACACAACCAAUUAUUGUGUCCAUCCCAAUAUGCCAUUAUGAUGAUGUCGAAUCUGACAAAUCGUCUCGGAAGCAGCUAGAUGAAGCUAUCCUCUCAACAUUAUUUGACUUGAAUGUUCCUGCUGUUUGUGCCAUUAACCAGGCAGUUUUAGCUUUGUUUGCAGCAAGGCAGACAUCGGGAAUAGUUGUCAAUAUUGGUUUUCACCAGACGUCUGUUGUUCCAAUUCUAAAUGGUAAAAUUAUGCACAAUGUUGGUGUGGAAACAAUGGGAGUGGGAGCUUUAAAACUUACGAGUUUCCUCAAGGAUCAGAUGCAACAAAAGAACAUAUAUUUUGGUUCACUCUACACUGUACGCACAUUAAAGGAGAACCUCUGCUAUGUCACUCCUGAUUAUGAGGCCGAGCUAUCCAAAGACACAACAGCCUCAUUUCAAGUUCCGUCAGAAGGUGUAUUUACACUUGAUAAAGAGCGAUUUCAAACAGGAGAAAUUUUGUUCCAGCCUCGGAUUGCAGGAAUGCGUGCCAUGGGUUUACAUCAUGCUGUUGCAUUGUGCAUGGAACACUGUCAAGAAGCAGAACUUAUUGCUGAUGAAACCUGGUAUAGAACUGUAGUCCUGGCUGGUGGUACUGCAUGUUUGCAUGGGCUAGCAGAAAGACUAGAGCAGGAACUUUGUGGUCUUCUUCCCCCAUCCAAGUCAUUUGGUGUCAAAGUACUUCCUCCCCCUCAUGGUGUAGAUUCUGCAUGGUAUGGAGGAAAGCUCAUCAGCAAUUUGAGUACCUUUCCGUCUUCGUGGUGUGUGACAAAAAAGCAAUUCCGCCAGAGGUCCAGACACAAACUCCUAUGGUGAAAAGUAAAAACCUAGUGUAUCCUUUUUUGGAUGGAAACCUAGUGUACCCUGUGAUCAGCGCUAUCAUAGUUUUUAUACACAGUUCCUUGAGCAGUGCAUUUUUCUCUCAAUUUGGUGUACAAGGUGUGAAUAAAACAAAAAAAAAUACUCGUACGUAGUAUAUGCUUGUAAUUUAACACAUGCACAAAGCACUAGAAAUUUAUACUACAUGUAAUUCUUUUGUUUGGGGUACUUCCUACUAUUUGUAUUUGGGGUUUUCCCUGAUAUAGUGAUAUUGUUACUUUUUUUGUUUAUCGUAUACGGAUACAGAAUACAAAUAAACAAUAUAUAUUGCAAGA